UUCAUUUUUAUUAUUAUUACAUUACACUAAUUUUUUUCUCCUCCUAAUUUUUCCGACCGGCGAUCGAGGGCCUCCAUAUCCAAAUUCCUCGCCGCCGCAUCUUCGGAGCCAGAGCCGGCUCCGGCCCGGAUCUAAUUCUUCCAUGUCCGACCUUCAGAUUUCCCCAAUUUUAUGAACCCUAAUUUACUCUUCUGUUCACUUCCAGUUACAUUUUCCCCUCUUUUUUGAAAAAGGGGGAAAUUCCUUUUUUUAGGGAAAUUUCUUCGGUUUUCGCGGGAGGAAGUUCGUUUGAGUGGGUUAGUGUCUCUGGUACAGUGAGAUUUGCCUACAGGUGAGCUUAAUUUUGCUCGAUGUUCUAAGUACACGUGGCGAUCUGGAUAGUUACCACCUCCAUUUUGCUUGCUCGGAUUUCAGUGAGCUUUUUUUAGCUGUACAGGAAGUGUUGGUUGAGAACGUUGACAUUUGUGCCAAUUAUUAAGGAACGUGGAAAUGUGGAUAUGUUUGAGAAUGUGGCUUCAUGAGCUGUUAAGAACAACUCACUGGUCAUAGUCUUUCUUUGUCUCCCAGUUUUUGGUAUUUCACUGAUUUGGAUUUGUAAAUGGAAGUAAACAGAGAGGAGGCCCUUAAAGCAAAAGAAGUUGCUGAGAAGCGUUUUGGCAAGCGAGAUUUCAAUGGGGCAAAGAAUUAUGCGUUGAAGGCCAAAACUUUGUUUCCAGAGAUGGACGGGAUAUCUCAAAUGGUGGCAACUUUUGAUGUUUACGUUGCUUCUGAGAUUAGAUGUAAUGGGGAGGUGGAUUAUUAUUCCAUUCUUGGAUUGAAGCCUUCUGCAAACAAAGACGCUAUUAAAAAACAAUACAAGAAGAUGGCUGUGUUGCUACAUCCUGACAAGAAUAAGACCGUAGGGGCUGAUGGAGCAUUUAAGCUUGUUUCUGAAGCAUGGGCUCUACUUUCAGAUAAUUCCAAGAGAAAUGCUUAUGAUAUCAAGAGAACCACACAAUUGGCAUCCGGAGUCAACCACCAGCCAAACUUAUCUUCAGCUCAUGCUUCUGCGGCUACAAGUUUUAACAACUAUACCAAUCUGUCCAUGUCCCACGGUAGACUUGAUACCUUUUGGACUGUUUGCACCUCCUGUAAAGUUCAGUACGAGUAUCUUCGGAAAUACGUGAACAAGAAACUCCGAUGCAAGAAUUGUCGCGGCGUUUUCAUUGCCGUCGAAACUGGAGCUGCCCCAGUGAAUGGUUCUUUUCCUUACUGCUCCUGGUCAAAUGUUGCUGGUAAUCGAUAUGGAAGUCAUGGGUUUGAGGGAGUUACGUAUAUCCCCGGAGAUACUAGCUUUUUUACCGGGCAUGGGUAUGAAUAUGUUUCAAAUGUGUCAUUUCAGUGGAACUCAUCAUCUGGAGUUUACACUCAAACCUUGGGCCCAAAUGGACCGUCUUCGGUACCUAUUGAUAAUGUUGGUCAAACUAAUGGACAUUUCAGUACGUCAGGAGUCAAAGACAAGGCAAGACUCAACGGAAAGCGUGGUACAAAAAACAAGUUAGCCAAUAUGAAUGCAACUAGCUGUAUCGAGAUUUUGGGAUGUGAUAUCAAUGGAGCUGAUAAGAGAAGGAAGGUUGUCGCAGAAGCCAGUUUGAGAAACGGUUAUGUGGAGAAGGGACCACUGCCUGCUUCAGAUUCAAGAUUAGCUAAUGGAAAUGCUGCUAUUAAGCAUGAGCCUGUAGUUUCUUCUCCAACUGAGCUUUCAGCUAAGCGCAACCCUGUUCCUCCUGCAUUUGACGCCAGAAAGCUGUUAAUUGAGAAGGCAAGGACUGUAAUUCGUAAGAAAUUGGAAGAGAUAAGGAUUUCUUCAGCCAAUGCUGCUGCACAAGAGAAAUCAAAGAUGGCGCCUCAAGUUGGUCUGGUUGGAAAGACUGGCCGGGCACCUAAAACAACUAAUUCCGAUGUAUCCGGCCGUUGGUUAGAGAAAGACAGAGCUGGACCAGUCUCAAUAAAUGUACCUGAUUCUGACUUCCACGAUUUUGACAAAGAUCGGUCUGAGGAAUGCUUCAAGGCAAAGCAAAUAUGGGCUCUGUACGAUGAAGAAGAUGGUAUGCCUCGCUUGUACUGUCUGAUUCGCGAGAUUAUCUCAGUUAAACCAUUUAAGAUUCUUAUUAGUUACUUAAACUCCAAAACUGAUACGGAAUUUGGAUCAGUCAACUGGUUGGAAUAUGGGUUCACAAAAUCCUGUGGAAAUUUCCGUGCUUGGAACUCUGAUAUUGUUGAACAUAUCAACAUCUUCUCUCAUCUCUUAAGCCGUGAAAAAGCCGGUAGGGGAGGCUGCAUUCGGAUAUAUCCUAGAAGUGGAGACAUUUGGGCUGUUUAUCGAAACUGGUCAUCAAACUGGGACAGAUCAACUCCCGAUGAAGUGAGGCAUCGAUAUGAAAUGGUGGAAGUUCUUGAUGAUUACUCUGAAGAGCUUGGUGUCUGCAUCUGCCCUCUUGUCAAACUAACUGGAUUCAAGACGGUAUAUCAAAGAAAUGCAGACAAAGAUGCCAUUCGUUGGAUUCCCAGGAAAGAGAUGCUACGGUUUUCCCACCAGGUUCCCUCUUAUUUACUGAAGGGAGAAGCUAAUAACUUGCCUGAACAUUGUUGGGAUCUCGAUCCGGCCGCUACUCCUGAUGAACUGCUCCACACUGCAACAGAAAAUGAAGGGUUGACUGAAACCCAGUUGAGCUAAGCAGGAGAAAGAAGAUGAUAAUGGGUUGGAGUCAAUCUGAGCAGUCUUAACCAAAGUUAGGUCUAACUGUACAAAUAUGUCUCAAGAGUUUGGCCAAAUGCCAUUACAGACAAGACGAGAAAUCUACAGUUGAUUUGGAUAAUGUCUGCUGAGUCGCUUCUACGACGAUGAAUUUAGUUUCAAGUAAAUGCACUUUUACAGAAGAAGAACUACCUCUUAUCUGGACUUAAUCUUAAAGGAGCACUUGAAAAAUUUUCAUUGGCGAGCAACUUUGAGGCUUAUUAUCCUGAACUGCAGCACCACAAAUACAAUUAUUAUGCUACGUUCCCUGCCUUGUUAAUCAGAAGAGCUUUGUUUUUUUCUUUUCCUUUUUCCAGAUUAGUUUUACUUUGUUCUAAUGGAAAUGAUCAAGAACUUGGAUGUUUAAUCUCUUGAUUUUGUUGUAAAAUUUGAAGCUUCAAUGCUUGCUUUGAGGCCUCAUUUCAUACGA